CAAAUCCGUUAUCUUCUUCGUUCAAACCAACCCGAAAAAACACAGCGUGGCCCUUUCAACGGUCCUCCGAACCCAUUAAUCGCAUGUAUUUCGUUCCCAGAUUAUUUACUCGCCUCCAUUUUCUGUCGCUCCCAUCUCCGAUGGUGGAAGCCAACGGGAACGCGGCGGAUCUGAAAGCCGGCUUCUUACAGAUUCUUUCAGAGCUAAAAUCCGACCUUUUCCUCCACCCAUCGUUCAGCUUCGCGGAAGAUUCUCCGCUAUGGAUCGAUAGGGAUGGGGAUUUCGAUCUCAUCAAGCACUGUUCAUCUCAGGACAAAAGCAUUUGGUGAUUCGCAUCUUUGUGAAGCCUUGGCUAAGCUUCAGAAGGUCAUAUGUGGGUUCAGAUCAUUCAAAUAUGCAUCCAAGAACGAGUUUUGGAGAUGGUAAUCGGCAUAGUGUUUCCAAUGCACCGAGUUGCUCGAGUCAUACUUCUGGACCAGACGAUAUCGAAAGUUUGGGUGAUGUGUAUGUCUGGGGAGAGGUUUGGAGCGACGAGAUCUUGCCGGAUGGUCACACCAAAUCCUUUGACGCCUUGCUUCCAAAACCUCUGGAGUCUAACUUCGUUAUAAAUGUUCAUCAAAUCGCUUGCGGCUUCAGGCAUGCCGCCCUUGUCAGUCGGCAGGGAGAGGUAUUUACAUGGGGUGAAGAAUGUGGUGGUAGACUCGGGCAUGGAACUGAUAUUGAUAGGAGUCGACCUCGUUUGGUUGAAUCAUUAGCAUUGUUCAACGUCGAUUCCGUUGCGUGCGGCGAGUAUCAUACUUGUGCUAUAACUACUACAGGUGACUUGUUUACUUGGGGCGAUGGAGCUCAUAACACUGGACUUCUCGGCCAUGGCAGUGAUGCCUGCCACUGGUUGCCUAAAAGAGUUUCUGGUCCUCUGGAAGGGCUUCAAGUGUCUCGCGUCGCAUGUGGCACUUGGCACACUGCAUUGGCUGCGUCGAAUGGAAAAUUAUACACAUUUGGUGAUGGGUCAUUCGGUGUUCUGGGUCAUGGUGACCGAGAGAGUGUUGUGUAUCCCAGGGAAAUCAGAUCUUUGAGCGGUUUAAGAGCCAUCGGGGUUGCAUGUGGGGUGUGGCAUACGGCGGCGAUUGUGGAAGUAAUGGGACAUGUUGACGCAAACAUUGUAUCGCAAAAACUCUUUACGUGGGGUGAUGGAGAGGAAUACCGUCUCGGUCAUGGCGAUAAGGAAGCAAAACUGGUUCCUACUUGCGUCGCAUCGAUUAUCGAUUACAACUUUCGUCAGCUGGCUUGCGGGCAUAAUAUCACCGUCGCGCUUUCGACCUGCGGGCAUGUUUUCACUAUGGGGAGUUCCAUGCAUGGCGAGCUGGGAAAUCCACAGUUUGAUGGUAAAGUUCCGUGUCUGGUGCAAGAUAGAUUAGUGGGUGAGUUAGCCGAAGAGAUCGCUUGUGGAUCGCAUCACGUUGUUGUUUUGACGGCACGAAGCGAAGUUUAUACGUGGGGAAGAGGAGCUAAUGGAAGACUAGGACAUGGAGAUACCGAUGACAGAAGGACACCUGUUCUUGUUGAAGCACUAAAAGACAGGCAUGUUAAGAGUAUCUCUUGUGGCUCCAAUUUGACAGCAUGUAUUUGUAUUCAUAAAUGGGUGUCUAGUGCUGACCAAUCGGUCUGCACCGGCUGCCGGCAAGCAUUUGGAUUUACUAGAAAAAGACAUAAUUGUUAUAACUGUGGGUUAGUAUUUUGCCAUGCUUGUAGUUCGAGAAAAGUUUUGAAAGCUGUGUUGGCUCCAAGUCCAGAGAAACCUCACCGAGUAUGUGAUUCAUGCUAUUCGAAACUCAAAGCCGCAGAGACUGGCAGGUCUUUGACCAUUUCUAGAAAGCAUGUGGUUUCUCGCCAAGCUGUUGAUAGCACGGAGAAGUUUGAGAAGGGAGGAGCUAGAUAUUCAAGGCUUUUACUUGCUCAUAGAGAGUUGAGAAGUUACAAUGAUGGUAGAUAUGGUAAGAAUAAGCGAACCUCGAAUCGAACUUUGAAAUUCUCAUCAGGCUCGCAGCUAAAUAAUGUUGGCUCCCCCCACAGCUCAUUGAGCUUACUUCAAAGUGUCUCGAGGCCAAUCUUAACACCGAUAGCGCCUACUCGGCCACCUGCUGCAAUUGCUAGAUUUGUAACUCCAUACUCAUGGAAGCCAAACUCUUCACUAGCUGCAGAUGCUGAUUAUUCCGGAAGCCUAAUGGAGACUUUGAAGACGACUAAUGAGCACUGGGAUAGAGAAGUGUCGAAGUUGCAAGAGCAGGUCAGAAGUCUUGAACAAAAACUAGCACAGCAAGAUGCAGUCGCACAUAAGGCUUCAAAGGAAGCUAAAGAAGCUGCUUCUGUAGCUGCACAAGAAUCUGCAAAGUUUAAUGUUGCCUUUGACCUUAUCAAGACAAUUAAAGCCCAGAUGAAGGAUAUGGCAGAGAAACUCCCUGAUGAUCUAAAUGGCAACCUAAAAUCAAUGAUUAAUUCAGCAGAAUCAUUUCUAAAAAAUAGCGAAACUCAAGCUUCAAAUCUGGCUUCAAUUGCCACAUCUAGUAAUCCAGAAAAUCAGAUAGAUGAAUUACACUCUACCGAAGGCAAUGCUCCCAAUAAUAUCAAAUCUGAUAUUCAUCCUAUCGGAGAGGCUGCCAGUAGCCAAGGCAUUGAGAGUAGCUCGAGCUCGCCUCGAACUUCUACAAGGAAGGUUAACAGCAGGGGAGAAGUACAACUGUUGGAGCAAUUUGAACCUGGUGUAUAUGUGAAUGGUUUGCAGCUGCCAAAUGGCACUUUAGUCUUUAAAAGAAUCAAAUUUAGCAAGCGAAGAUUUACCGAGGGGGAAGCAGAAGAGUGGUGGAGGAAAAAUCAGGAA